UAAGCACGAAAAGCCACCUUGAAUUUCCGUGAAUACGAUAUCCUUUUUGAACUCACAAUCUAGUAAUCUUUUAGGUUUUUUUAAAAGUAUUAAGCAACGAGUCUUUGCAUUAUACUGUACAGUUUUACAAGAAGACGAAGCUGCUUAUGAAUACUGGUUUUGAUUUUGACCUGGACAUGGUACCGUUACGGGUCAGUCAAUACCCAGUGGUCUCAUUGAAUCUUGCUAAUGUACUGGCAUGUCCGAAAUCUUACGUAUGAACGUCUCUUCUUGUUGCUCUAAGUACUCUGAAAAAUCAAGAAUUUAUUCCGAAACAUAAAGGAAAAAUUGAAUUUUGUUGCAGGUUUUGUAUUUGGAAAUGGAAAUUUGUUUUCAUUUCUGAAGAAAUGUAGUUAUCGUACGGAUUGGCACAAAUGAUCUUAUAUCCAGAUACCUCGACAAGCUCAACUGAGUGAUGCAGCUGUUGUAUAGUUUUAAUCUGCUACUGUAUUUUGUUUUACAACUUUCAAGAAAUUAUGCAGAAGAUCAUAAAGAAAUAGGACUAACUAGUUUUUCAAAUGAUGAUGUUGCUAAGAAGUUUGCAUCGAAAGACAAAGAAAAGGAGGUUACUCCAAAGGUAACAGAAGAGAAAAUAGCACUUUCCAAAGUCAAUGACAACAUAAAGUUUGUGGUUAAGUACAAAAAAGACAAGGCGAAGAAAAACCCUUUGCCAGUUGAAAUCAAAAGUGAACAAGAUGACAAGGAAGCACUGUCAUUAGUAAGCCACCUUAAGCCGACAGAGAGAUCUAAGACUCCAGAGCCUGGACAUGAUCAAUCGGCACAUGCCUACGAAGAGUCAAUGCACCUUUCACCGAAGGCGGUAGAUGAAGGGACACGGCGGAUGCUACGAAUUCAUGACAAGCCUGUUGAUAUAAGAAAGGAAUUUGAAAUGAAGGCGAUUCCUGCUGACAAUGUGUCAGAUUUGCAGAUAACUGGGUUUUUAGUGCCGCUAGACAUUGUUGAUCAGUCAGUCGUUGACAAAAAUAAUCGUUUGGCUCAAAAGCGAACAGCAGUGCCUGCACAUUGGAGAUUGAAAGGCCAGAAGAAUGCUAAAAAGGAAGCAGUUAUGCCAAAAGAUUGCAUCUGUCAAGGGAAUAGUAACGAUGCACAUUCUGGAAAUCCAGGCAAACGAAGUCAUGUGUACAAAGUAAGGAAAGGAAAGAAAGUUCGGUUUAGAGACAGCAAAGGAAAAAUCCACACGAAAAGGCAUUAUCACUUUCACGUGAAGUCCGAAAAUGGAGGAACAGUUAAAAGAUCCUGCUUUUGCGGAGAUGGUUCUCAUGGUGUCGGUGAUUUUGGCGCAGGUGUUACUGCUGAUGACCCAAUCAGCUACCAGAGCUCAAUGCAUGGUGGCGUUGGUGGCCACUAUGGAGGAGAUUCUUUGAUUUCAAACUAUGCUGGAGGCCAUGGAUAUGGCUGGGCUGGCCACGAUGAUUUUGGUCCUGGGUUUGAGCGUAUUGGCUCUGACGUGCACGGCAUCGAAGGCCACAGUCACGGUGGCAUUGGAAUGGGAUUUCAUGGCGCUGGAGGUCAUGGCUUUGCAGGAGGUGGUUUUGAUGGACAUGGCUUUGGUGGUGGUUAUGGUGAUGCGCAUGGUUUCGGUGGAGGCAUUCACGACUUUGGAGGUGGAGAUGGUCAUGGUGACGGAGGAGGCUUUGGUACAGCCUUUGGGAUACAUAGUAUGGGAGGUCAUGACAUUGGAAUGACAGGAAGUCUAGAUGCAGGGUUUUCAAGUCAUGGAUUCGGACCUUCAUGGCAUGGUGACUACGGACAUGACGUGGGCAUAGUCGGAGGUCUUGAUGGUGCACAUAGUGUAGAAGGACACGGCUUUGGUCAUGGGUUAAGUGCCGCAUUUGGACACGGAGGAAUAGAAGGUCAUGAUGUUGGGGUCGUAGGAAGCCUAGGUGGACACGGGGGAGGAUUCGGCGGCGAUGGGGGAGGCUUUGGUGGCCAUGGAGGAGGCUUUGGUGGUCAUGGAGGAGGCUUCGGCGGCGACGGAGGUGGCUUUGGUGGCCAUGGUGGGCUUUUUGAGGGGCACGGUGGUGGUUAUGGGGGUCAUGGUGGUGGUUUUGAUGGGCACAGUGGAGGGUUUGGUGGUCAUGGUGGGGGAUUUGGUGGCCACGGAGGUGGAUUCGGUGGACAUGGCGGCAACGGACAUGACUCCCUGACAGGACAUGACGAACUGUACGGAACAGGACUUGACGCACAUGGUUUGACGGGGGGAUCAUGGAGUGUAGCUGGUGGCGGACAUUCUACUUAUUUAGGCCCUGGUGGUGGUAUAGUUGAGCAUGCCGGUGCUACUGCUUAUCAAGGCCAGGGGGCAGGAUUCCCAGGUGCAGGUCACACUGUAAAUGCUCCAUUGGAUAAUUCUAUUGCACCACUAGAUGAUGCCACAUUGGGUAGUCUACAUGGUGGUGGCGGGCACGGCUUAAUGAGUGACGUCAUAAAUAGUAUAGGUGGAACUGGGGGCAGACAUCAUACUGGAUUGGGAACGGGUUCAGGUGUCGUUUCUACUCCUUCGGGAGUACAUGUCCACGGAGAAGGCAGGGAAUCCAGUCCUAUAGGAGCCUCUGUCAGCUACGGUCCAGUUAACGGUUACGGAGGUUAUGACAUUGAUGGCCAUUUUGCAGGAAGUGAUAGCGGUCAUGGGUCUUAUUUGGGGCAUGGCUCUGAUUUGGGGCAUGGGUCUGAUUUGGGGCACGGGUCUGAUUUGGGACAUGGGGCCGAUGAAGGACAUGGAUCUGUUGAUCAUCUGUCAGACAUUUUUGGCUCAAACAGACAGGAUAUGGUCGACAGACUAUCACAGCUAGUGGGACAUGGCAAUUCUCACAAGGGUGCAGAGGUUCUCUCUAGUUUGAUUGAUUCCCCAGCCAAUGGUUAUGGGGUGUCAUUUGGAGAUCAUGGUGCCGAUGUAGAUGAAGGAUUUGGCCAUGACCCCGAGAUAGGCCGCCUUGCCGGCUUGCUAAACUCGCACCAUGUCGGUCUUGAUGCUUCAGCUCUAGGGCGCUUGGCGACUAUUGUGGGGCAUGGUGACUUCCGUGAUGGUGUAAAGAUUCUAGCAAACCUGGUUGAGUCUACGGGGCAUGGAGAUAACUUGGGAGCUGGAGGCCACGGGGGUCAUGAUGGAUUUGGCCAUGGUGCAAUUGGAGGUUUUGAUGGUGAUAACGGUCACCAUGGUUUCGAUGGAGGCAAUGAUCAUUCUGACGGACCUGCCUGGUGGACAUUGAAGAAUCUACUAAAUGCCAUGAGUCACGGGGAGGGCCUUGAAUCAUUAAUCAGUCAUGCUCUCAAUGGAGGUAAUGCGUUUGGAGGCCAUGACAAUCAUUGGGUUGGUUUUCCUGGUUUUCCCGUUUCUAUGUUCAACGGGCAUGGUACUGGUGGUAAUGAUGGCCACAGGAUCCCUGGCACUCCAUUCGAAAUAAGCAUGGACGGUAAAAUUAGGUUUGCCGGCCACCAUGACGGCGAACUCGGUGGUUGGCAAGAAAUGAAUCACCCCUAUUCUGAAUUCAUGUCUGACGGUAAUAGAUGGGGUGGAAUGACGAUGGUCGUGAACGGGAAACAGGGCCCCUAUUUGGUUGAUCACUGGGGUAACGCAGCUAACUUAGCGGACGGUAAUCAUCAAGGUUUCGUAAUGACAGGACAUGACGGACACAAAUAUUUAUUUAUGCCGACUUCUGCCGUGACAGGACACCACGCUAAUAGUGACGACUUCCACAAUGGCGGCUGGCAUGACGGUCACCAAACUGUUUUGACUCCGGCUGGACUCAUGGACCUGACACCGGCAAGCCACUGGAGCCCAACAGGUGACGGUGAACAUGGCCCUGUCUUACACACUCCGUCUGGAGACAUGACACUUGGACCUCAUGGACCUGAAGUACUUGAUUCUCCUUUAGGUCCUCUGCGACUUGUGCCUUCACACGAUGGAGUGAUGCAUCUCGAGACACCAGAGGUACAUGUGCAAGGGCCAGUUCACCAUGAAUACCACCAUGUUGAUAUUGAGCACAAACAAUCCAUGGUGCCAGGCGAAGUUAUUAGCACGCCGUAUGGACCGAUGAAACUCGUACCCGCCGGGAAAGGUGGCGGCGAUGAUGACGGUGGAGGCGGCGGCGGUGGUGGUGGCAAAGGUGGUGGAGGCGGUGGAAAAGGAGGCGGAGAUGAUAAGGGAGGAGGAGGAGGUGGUGGCGGUGGAAAGGGUGGUGGAGGUGAUGGCGGCGGUGGUGCAGGGGGAGGUGGGGAUGGAGGACCAAUCAAAGUCCAGCUUCAGCUCGACUCAGACACAAUGAAGUUACUUGGCGCUGGCGCUGGUGGUGAUGCUGGCGGCGGUGGCGCAAGUGGCCCAAGUGUCGUCCCAAUACCCUACCCUGCUCCUGCUCCAGCUCCUGCCCCGGCACCAGCACCCGCUGCAAGUGAUAGUGGUGGUGGCGGCGGAAAGGAUGCCAGUGGCUUAAACACGCUUGAAGCUAUUGCCCUUGGUGCCUUGCUAGGCGGAAAGAACUCUGGCGGCGGUGGAAACAGCGGUGGUGGAGGAACUGUUGUGAUUCCGGCUGCUUUCGGCGGCUUCGCUGGCGGUGGAGGCGGUAGUAGUGGCGGUGGUGGCGGCGGAAAUGGUGGUGGAGGUGGAGGAAAUAGUGGUGGUGGCGGUGGUGAUGAUAGUGGCGGAGGCGGCGGUGGCAAAGGCGGAGGUGGCGGUGGAAAAGGAGGAGGAGGUGGUGGCGGUAGUGAUGGUGGAAAAGGCGGUGGAACUGGUGAUGUUGGCGGUGCAGCUGCUGCAGCUAAUAUUGGCGCAGCGAUUGCCAACUUAGCAUCAGUGACAACCCUAGCUCAAGCAGCCCCUGCAGCCCCUGCAGCACCUAUGUCAAAACCAACACCCCCUCCCUUGCCUGCACCAACAACGAAGGCAAGACUGGAGGUGAAGAAACCAACGGAGAAGAAAGAGGAGAAGAACCAAUUCGAGGGUUUAUUUGGUGUUGGAAAUGCUACCACCAAAAGCCUUCAUGGAGCCUAUGAAGUACACAUCGGAGUAAGCAGUGAUUACGCCAGAGCCUCGAGACUGAUGCUAAGUACCUGUUAUCCAAAUAAUGUAAUGUUGCCGCCAUUUGGAUCGACGUCGCAGACUGUUCUUUGCUCGCAUGGAACGCAUACGGUUACUUUUGUUGCCAUGGAUGCACAAAAUGGCGCUGGGCUACAAAUAAACGGGAAAAGAUCAACAGUUGUUGCCUUAGGCCCAAACAUUAAUGUGAAUCUUCGUAUAUCAGCAACACAAGGUGCACAACAAGCUAUGGCGCAAACUGCUGCCGCUGCACAGGCACAACAAGCAAGUCAAGCAGCAAUGGCCGCUGCACAGCAAGCUGCAGCACAGCAGACGCUAAAUAAGGCUGCAAUGGAUGCGGCCAACGCAGCUACAGCAGCCCUUGGACUCAUGGGUGCAUUGCCAGCUGGCGGUGGCGCUGCUGCGGCCGGUGGCGGUGGUGGUGGGCUUGGCGGUGGAGCUGCCGGUGGUGGUGGAGCUGCUGGCGGUGGUGGUGGUGGCGGUGAUCUUGCAAAUGCCUUGAGUGCCUUAGCUGGAGGGGCAGGAGGUGGUGGUGGUGCUGGCGGUGGUGGCGGCGGCGGUGGCGGAGGUGCACUUUCUGGACUUCCGUUAGGAUCUUAUAAAGGAUCCGGUCCUGUCGGUUCUGUUUCUACAAUGACCGGACCCGUUUCCGGGGCUGCAGCUGCCGGUGCUAAUGCAGGUGCCAGUGCUGGCGCAUCUGCUGGCGCUGCGGCUGGUACUACAGCCGGAAAAUUAGCAGCAGCUGCUUCUAAUGCAGCAUCUCGAUCGGAAAUGGCAGCCGCUGUUGACACGGCAUUCAAUGGGUUGCUAGGCACUGGCACGUUGGGAAAUGCCUUUAAUAUACUAGGUGGCGGAGUCAAACGAGGACUCGGGUUUGGUAAAAAACGGAGUUUCCAUAGGCGCCCGGGCAGCAAAAAGAAGACCGUUGUAGAAAGACAUGAAAAAAACAGAAAGAAGAGACACUUUAAAAGACAUAAGGCUUUUGCACGCUCGGGUAUCGUCCGUGAGGUAUACAAAGGCCUGGGCCAUGGAGCUGAAAAUCUGUAUGGUCUGGUAACAAGCCACCGGUACCCAGAGAGCCCGGACAUCAGAAGUGUCUUAACUACAUUUGAUGCACCAGAAAAUUCAGGGAAAGACUACGGUCAGCGACUGUACGGCUGGUUUAGAGCACCGGAGAAGGGCAACUACAUAUUUUACACCUCGUGUUCAGAUAGCUGCGAGCUUUAUCUGAGCAGUGAUGACAAUCCGUCAAACAAAAGGCGAAUAAUAUCACAGAUGGAAGGGACAAGACAUAAUGAUUUUGAAAAAUAUCCCGAUGAGCAAUCAUCUGGAGAGAUCGAGCUUGAACCAAUGAAGUCAUAUUACGUUGAAGCAAUCAUGGUGAAGCGAGGAGAUGGUAGUGACAAUUUGUCGGUUGGUGCUCGCUUUCCAAGUGGACGAAUGGCUAGGCCUUUGCCUGCAUCAUUCAUCACGCAAACGAGGCUGAACACGGUUUCAAAGAAACAUGAACUGCCACGUGUAAAAUUCAGAAGCGAAAAGGGCUCCAAACGAUCAGAAACAAUUGGAAGCAAAAGAACGUUAGGAAAGCAUCACUCAAAACGCACUCACAAAAUCAAUCCUAACUCGAGGGAAAGAAGAGAUGUUGAUGACGAAAAUUUGAAAAAAAUCAAGCAAGCAAUGGUUCUUCACUCUGUUUUGAAAAAGAUAAUAAGCGAGGUGCCCACGGCCAAGCCUGGUAAACCCCAUUUGACUCCUUCAAAGUCACUGAAAUACGAUUCUCUCCUCCAAUUUCUCAAUAUGGAGAUGAAGAACAAUCCAUUUCUGACAAGUGGCGCUAGAGUCGAGGUCCCUAAAUCGAGAAGCCAGGGAAAACACUCGAAGUUUUCAUCGAAUUCGAUGUCUUCAUCGUCCCUUGACCAUGCACUUCCUGGCUUGCUUCGAGAAGUAUACUACGAUGUCACACCAACAGCCCGAGGUGAAAUACGAGCGUUAUACGAAACAUCAAAAUAUCCAAACAACCCCGAUUUGAUUGACAUCAUUCAAGAUUUUGACACACCCAUAAACUUUGCUGAUGACUAUGGCCAACGAAUACGAGGCUACUUCAAAGCCCCUGAGACAGGAUUAUAUCAGUUCUUCAGUUCCUGUGACGAAAUGUGUGACUUGUUUUUAAGCGUCGAUGAGGAGCCUAGGCACAAGGGAAGGCUGAUCUCACAGGUGCAAGCAUCUAAGCGAGGCAGCUUUGACGAGUAUCAAAAUACACAGACAUCAGAAAAGACAUGGCUGGCAAAGAAUCAUUUUUACUACAUCGAAGCUGACAUGUUAGAAGGUUCAGGGGACGACCACCUAUCAGUAGGGGUUAGGUUGCCAAAUGGAAAAUCACUCUUUCCAAUUCCGAGCGAAAUGCUUCGACUCCCUCCAGGAAUAGGCAGCAAGCAACUGCCUAUUUCCCCAAAGAAUAGAGACAAUCUGCCUCACCGUAUCAAAGAGCACCACAAAGACAAUUAUCAUGGUGGCAGCGUUUAUGCCAGCAACGGGAAGACCUUUAUUAUGGGAAAAACAGAAAGCGAAGAAGGGUCUUACGAUUAUCAUGGAAGCAACGAUGCUGGAAAUAAACCAGAUGUAGAAGAUAUAAAAAAGCAAGGUCUUUACGAGGUUCCUGAAAGCUUUGACAAUAAUGAUGGUACGAACAACAAAGGAUCAUCUACAAGUGCGCUACGGCAAGGGCUAUACGAAAUACCGGAAAAUGGGCCUGCAGCAGAAGAGAGAGAGGAUGCAGAGGGGAAGGAAGAUGGGGGUGAAAUUGAAAAGAAGGUAGGAGAGGAAGAUGGAAAACGAAGAGAUGAAGGAAUUGAGCGCGGGAUGAAGCACGAAGAGUCGCCUACACCAUCACAGAAUGAUGAAAGACAUAGUGAAGAAACACCAGAGGAGUAUGAAGAUUCUGAGGUGCUAGAUUAUGCAAAGAAGUUUAGAGGGAAAGGAAGGGUGGUUCUUGAUUUCUCUAAGGGAAAAGACAAUGCCAAAAUCGUUGUAUACAAGUACCAUUCUGCCAAUAGAGUACUCGAAGGUGUGGAUGGUAACAGGGGAUCAAGGAUGGAAAGAAGGCGUUCUUCGGUGGAGACUGUUAGAGAACCUGUGCCUGGUUUGACUAGGCCUGUAAAUACAACAAAAAGAGGAGUUAUCUCCACGCUUGGAGUUAACUGGCUCUUUUAUCGUCAUAUUUACCGUCGGGACGGCGAGACGACAAUUGAAGCGUUGUACCGGAAUCACAGAUACCCGGACAAGCCUUCGUUCAGCGAUCGUUUGGAUAGAAUGGAUUCCCCACGUGGCCAAGGAUUCCAUUACGGUCACAUGAUGUAUGGUUGGUUUAUUGCGCCUUCUGAUGGGGAGUAUAAUUUCUUCAGUGCUUGCGAUGAUGCAUGUGACGUAUACAUGAGUCCGGAUGAGGGAAAGGAUCAUAUAAGGAGGAUCAUUUCGCAAAGGAGGUGGUCUGGCCACAAUCAGUGGGACAAGUAUCCCGAGGAGCAGACGUCAAUCUCAAUUCGUCUUGGUGGUGCAAAGUCUUAUUACAUUCAAGUAACUGGCGCCCAAAGUGGGAAUGCGGAUUGCAUGUCUGUUGGGGUGCAGUUCCCAGAUGGGAAAUUCUCUCGACCAAUUUCAGGAGAUUUCAUUAGUUUUGCCAAAUUAGCCCCGAAUAGUGGUGGAGGAGGAGGAAUCGUUCCUGCUUUAGCUGCAGCGCAAACAGGAGAUCUUGGGCCUAUUCUCGGGAACACAGGUGGAAGACCUGGCCUCGGGGGACCAGGUGGAGCAGGUGGUCCAGUUCCUGGAAAUGUUGGUGGUUUGAGUGGAGAUUUGGGUGAUCUUGGUGCCUCUGGUACUGGCACAGCUAACGCCCUUGGCCUUGGAGGGACAGCGAUGGGCGGCGGUAUGGCUGGGCUAGGUGGAGGAAAUUUCGGCGUGGCUGGCGCUGGUGGCGGGGCUGUAACUGGUGCCUUGGCCGGUACUGGCGGCAAUACUGGUAUUGGAGGGUUGGCUGGGGCUUCUGGGCUUGGUGGCCAAACUGGCACAAUUGGCGGAUUAGGAGGCGGCGGAGGAACCGGAGCAAUGGGGCUUGGCCCUUCUUCGCUUGGAAUAGGCAACGGUGGCGUGGCUUUAAACGCGGCGGCUGGUGCCGGGGGACUCUCUGGUGAUUUGCUAGCUGGCAUUCUUGGAACUAAUAAAGUCGAUGGAGCUGUAGGAGGUGUCGGAGGCGCUUUGGGAGGAGCACUAGGUAUUGGAGGUGGUGGAGCGGGACUUGGCGGUUCCAUCACUGGCGCCGGUGGUGUCGGUGGAGGACAGGGUCUUGGUGCUGGCGGUGCGUUAGCUGAAGCCUUGGGGCUUGGCACAGGUGGAACACUUGGUGGAAAUGUUGGAGGAGGGACUGGCUCUCUUGGCGGUGGGGGCACAGGGGGUGCAGCCGCAGCACUUGCUGGUGGCGCCUCCGGUCUAUUAACUGGAGGUGGAGGUACAACUGGUGCAGGUGGGCUGAUCGAAGGUGGAAAGGAGGGCGAAUUAUCGGCUCUUGGAGGAAAGCUUCUUUCCAAAUUGAAAACUGUGAAAAUGAACGACAAGAGCGUUGCUCUUCCUAAGACACGACAUCUUGACGAGACAGAAGCUCACCCUACCCACAGCAUACCAUCUGUCGCUGCCAUUGUCCCAGCUGAAGUGCCGAGCUUCAAAAAGACAAUACUAGAAACGGGAAAGGACUUCACUAGUACCAGACACUUUUUUGACCGACCUACAAAAAGUACUAUUCAAAAGCACCAGACAAGUAAACAAAAGACGAGACGAACCCAUGAAAAACAAUAUGUAACUCAUCCCAUUAAGCAUACGACCUCACAAGUCGGUAGAAGCAAUGUGCGCGGUGAUAAGAGAUAUAUUCUAAAAAUUACAUCAGAUAAUGUGAGCAUUGUUCCAAAGAGCAAACAUGCCCAUGAUCAAGUGACUGGGGAAGGCAGACGAAGAAUUUCAAGGAAAAAGCAUAAAGGUCGCGCAAAAACAGCUAGUAUUUCAAAGUCUGCAGGGCUAGCAGGGUCAUUGGGGAGUCUGGACUCGCUACAAAAAUCAUUCGAUAUUCUACGAAAUUUGGAAGCAAGCAGGCUGUCUCUGCCAUUCGCCAAUGGAUUGGGAACGAGGCAAUUUGGCAUAACAGCUCCUGUGAAUACCUUAAAGUUUCCAUUUACCGCUCGAAAGCCUGUUGUUGAUCUUACAACGCUGAAUAAUGUUUUGCCAUAUAGUUCCAGCUUUAUCCCACAAAGGUUGCUCUUGCUCACACCGAUCACAAGACAGACUUUAGGGCCCCAAAUAAAGCGAUGGGAACGCAAUAAGUUUAAACACAAAGCGCCAAAGCAUGAACACAAUGAAACAGAGGAAUACCGUCAUCAUUACGAUGAGGAUGUCGCCAAUUCGUUACAGAAACUUGAAAAUGCCGUUAACACUAUCAACUCACGACUUGAUCAGUCGUCAAAGCCUCAGGGACCAUCAGCAGCAGAGGUGGCAUUGGCACAACAAUUGGCAGCGCAGCAACAGGCAGCACAGGCUCAACAGAUCAAACAAGGAGCAUUGCUUGGCGCUACUCUUGACCGCCUAAACUCGGCAAUAACAGACAUUGCGAAGGAUAAGACUGGUAAGGGUCUUGGAGGAGGUCUUGGAGGCGCCGGAGGAGCAUCGCCUGAAGAUGCUAUGCUAGAAGCAGAGAAAAUAAAAGGGCAAAAUCGACUAGAAGAAGGAAUAAAGAACUUGCAGGACCAACUUGCUAAUGUUGCUGCAAAGGUGGAAAAGGGAGGUGCUGCAGGUGGUGGCGCUGCUGCUGGUGGCGGUGGAGCUGCUGGGGGUGGUGCAGGGGGAGGUGCAGGCGGUGGUGGUGGUGGUGGUGGAGCAAUGGCACCUGCGAUGGCUGCGUCUCAACAGAAAAUAGCUGAUCAGAUUGGCAGUCUUGGAGAGACCGUUGGGAAACUCGCUGGUGAAGUACAAGCAAUGAAGGAUAAUUCCAAGAUGUUGGCUGCCGCUGGAAUCGGAGGACCGUCUGGGGGAGGUGGCGGAGCGGCUGGAGGUGGUGCUGGAGGCGGCGGUGGACCUUCUAAUGCUCUUAUUGGACAAAUGGCUGGGAAUGCUCUUGGAAGUGCAUUGAAGGCGGCUGAAGGUGUCAGUCAGGCAACUCAGAUGCUCAACAACGCCAACAUGGCAGCAAACUUUGCAGGUGGUGGAGGAGGCAUGGCUGGAGGCGGAAUUGGUGGUAUCCUCACAGGAGGGGCAUUAGCAAAUGCGGGGGCUGGAUUAGGACUUGGUGGAGGUUUAGGCGGUGGACUUGGCGGGGGCUUAGGAGGAGCAGGGGCAUUAGGAAGUCUAGGUGGUGGUGGUGGCGGUGGUGGCGGUGCUGGUGGCGGAGGUGGUGGCCUUAAUUCUUUGCUAGGAUUGGGAGGGAGCAACCUAGCAGCAGAUAGUGGAAGUUCCAGUGAUACGGAAGUUACGUCACAGCAAAAAGCUUUGAAUAACAUUCUGGGUAUUGCUUCGAAACGUGGAGAGACUAAGGGCGGGCCAGGGGCUCAAGGUAAAUCAGGCAGCAAGGCUACAUAUAGAAAGAAGCAAGACGAGGAGAAAGAGAAUGCAGUGCAAAGAGAUGUUCUGUUUAAUCGGCCGUCAGGGGGAGAAAUAACUGGUCUAUUGAUACCACUUGUAAAGAGACACAAAGUUUCAGUGCUUGUGCCAAGAGGAAGGAAUCGGGCUACAUUUAACUACACCUCUGGGAAUAAAUUCAUGCCAAAAGAGGACACUGGAAAAAGUAGGCCACUGACUGGAAGCAAAGCGAUUAAACAGGCGCAAGAGGGAGGUGGAUCGGCAUCUCUGCCUGUCGCAGCUGGAGGAUUAGCUGUACCUGGAUAUGGCGGGCAGCUCGGGCCUGGUGGCGUAGGUGGAGCUGGAGGCCUUGGCGGUGCAGGAGGAGUUGGGGGAGCUGGUGGGGCAGGCGGAGUUGGUGGUGCUGCAGGAGCAGGAGGGGCAGGAGGGCUCGCUGGAGAUGCCUUUGGUGGGGCAGGUUUGGGUCUUGGUGGAGCUGCUGGCGGAGCUGCUGGUGGAGCUGCUGGUGGUGCUGCUGGUGGUGCUGCUGGUGGUGCUGCUGGUGGUGCUGCUGGUGGAGCUGCUGGCGGAGCUGCUGGCGGAGCUGCUGGCGGAGCUGCUGGCGGAGCUGCUGGUGGAGCUGCUGGUGGUGCUGGAGGUGGCAAUGGUGCAGGGGGAGGAGGUGGUGCAAAUGGAGGUAGCGGUGGCGGAGGUGAUGGCAAAAAUGGAGGUGGUGGUGGUGCUAAUCAGAACGUGAAUGCCAACGACAUGGCAUCCAGUCUUGCUGCAGGUAUUGCUGCUGGUAUUAUGUCUGGUGGAAAAGCUUUGGUUGGCCAGAUGGAGUCAACUGGUGUUUUAGAUGCUGUUGUAGCUGGUCUGCGCAGCUUGGGUGGGCCAAACGGUGCUGCGAAUGACCCUAAUGGAAAGGGAGGAGGCAAUGGCGCAGGUGGCAAUAAUGGGAAUGGUGGGGGUAACAAUGGUGGUGGGAGUAACGGAAAUAAUGCCGGAGGUUCUGGUGGUAAUAACGGUGCUGGGGGUGGAGCCCCUGGAGGUACAGGUGGUUCUGGGGCCACUGGUGGGGCUGGUGGUUCCGCUGGAGGGGGUGGUAAAAAUGGCAAAGAGGAGCUUGGAGCCUUGAUUGCAACAUCUGCUUCUGAAGCUGCUGGAAACGCAGCUAAAGCUGGUCUAUCGCCUCAAGCAGCAGCACGACAGGCUGCAGAGGCAGCAUUCCAUGCCGCUUCGUUGUUUGCCACAAAAAACGGGAUUCAUGGCAACCAUCACGAGCAUAGUGGGACGAUACAUGCCAUUCCGACCGUCGCCAUCCACCACGACGAUCACCACGAUGAUCACCAUUAUGAUCACCACAAACCAGAGAUGCAUAUGUUUGAUCACCAUGACUCACACCAUAUGUUCGAUCAUCACGAUUCACAUCAUAUGUUUGAUCAUGAUUUUGAUGAUCACAACGAUCAUGAUUCAGAUGAUCAUAACGAUCAUGAUUCGGAUGAUCACCACGACGAUAAUGAUGCUAUGGAAGACCAUAUUCCAAUUCACAAUCAUGCACAUCCACAUGCUUCUCAUGACAUUCAUGACACACUCUCACAUGAUCAUGCGCAUCCCCCUGAAAUUUUUGGAACAGAUGCUAUGGGCAAUCCUGCUGUUUAUAAUCUUGGAGAAAACGGUCACAUCAAAAUGUCCACAUACAAUCCAAUACAAGACAAUGUUGUUGCAAUGGGCUUUUCUGGGAACAACGGAGGAGUAUUCACGCAUGAUUUCUUGGAUGCCUUACAUUCUGACCCAACUUUUAGAGAAACUGGAUCUUAUCAAAUGUCAGGGGUACAUAAAGGUAUGUUCUUUGGUCAUGGGCAUGGUGGAGAUGGAGGAGGUCAUGGUGGAGAAAUGGAGGAUGAAAGACGGGAAGGUCAUGGCGAGGGAGGAGGUGGUCACUUCAACCAUGCGGAAGAAGGAGAUCAUCACUAUGGGCCUCACGCAGUACUUUCACAUCAUGUGCAGCCAUGGUAUUCAAAAUCACAUGAUGGAGGAACUGAUCACCAGUCAUCGCGCGGAAAUAAAAAUUUUUUUGGUCACGAAGACUAUGGAAAUGUCUGGGGCAACCAAUAUCAUGAUUUUGAAAAUGGACUUCAUGACUCUGGUCAUGCGGAAAAUGGUCAUGGCGAUGGUGGAGGAUUCAGUGGUGGUCAUGGUGGUGGAUUUGGUGGGGGUCAUGAGGGUGGGUUUGGUGGCGGGCACGGCAGUCGCUUUGGUGGUGGGCACGGCGGUGGUUUUGGAGGUAGACAUGGUAUUGGGUUUGGUGGCGGUCUCGGUGGUAGUUUUAAUGGUGGUCAUGACAGUGGAUUUGGUGGUGGACAUGGUGAUGGGCAUGGUGGUGGCUUUGGUGGUGGCCAUAGUGGUGGCCAUGGUGAUGGCUUUGGUGGUGGCCAUAGUGGUGGCCAUGGUGAUGGCUUUGGUGGUGGCCAUGGUGAUGGACAUGGUGGCGGCCAUGGCGGUGGAUUCGGUGGGAAUGGCGGUGGAUUCGGUGGGAAUGGUGUUAUAGGAGGAGGAUUUGGCCACGGCAGUUCUGAAUUUGAGAAUGGGCACGGAAAUGGCGGUGACCAUGGUGGAACAGGCACUGACGCUUUUGGAAGCAUGUCUGGUCAAUUUGGAUUGGGUGCACAAAAUUUGCUAGGACACGGUGACGGGGGUUACGGCGAAGGGCACAGUAGAAGCCACGGGGAAGGAUUUGGAGGUCAUGGGCUAGGCCAUGGGUUUGGUGGUCAUGGCCUUGUGGAAGAUCAUGGUGACGAGGGCAAUGCUGGUGCUCAUGGUUUCGGAGGAGGUGGGAUCUUUGGUGGAGCUCAAGGUUUUGGUUUUCAUCAUGGAGGAGGAGAGGGUCAUGGUCACGGGGGUCAGGGAGGUCAUGAGGGGGGACUUGGAUUUGGAGGUGGAAUGGGGUUUGCAGGUCAUGGUAAUUGGGGAGGGCAUGGCGGUGGAACUAGUCAUGGCGGUGGAGGUGAGCAUGGAGAUGAGGUUGAUGGACUCAAUAAUGGCUUUGGUAACAUGUUUGGCUCUCACGGUCAUGGUGGAGGGCAUGGAGGUGGCGAUAACGAGGGUGAAGGGGGUGGACAUGGAAUGGACGGUCACGGCGUUGCAUCAUUUGAACAUGGAUUUGAAAGCGGGAAGGACGGUCAUGUUGGAAACGGAUUCGGCCACAUGUUUGAACAAAAUAUAAAUAAUCUUGGUGAGCAGACCUGGAAUCACGAACGAGGAAAUGGAAGGCACAGCAUUCGGUACACUGAUCAUUCUGCUGAAGAGCCGUCUGGAGGCAUUGAAGAUAAUGUUUUUGAUCACGAAGGGGGGCCGGAUGGCCAUGUUCACCAGGGAUUCGAAGAGGGCGGUGACGAGUUACACUUUGGUGCAGAUGCACACGAAGGUGAGCAUCAAGAUGCUGAAACUCAUCAUUUGAUUGACAAACUAGCAAACCCUCAAGGACUUGACAAGAAUCACGAGGAGAGUGGGCCCCAUGAUGAUACAGGAGACAACGAAGAGUCCCAUGGUGAGCGUCAUGAGAUCUUCCCAGACCCUCAUGAGAAAAAUAGUGAAAUAGACGUUGUAUCAGAUAGUCAUAGCAACCUUGAUGACUCCGAAAAGAAAAUGGUCGAUGAUUUCGUACACAAGCAAGACAUAACAGAACAUUUCAUGGCUCCGCACAAUGUUCCAGGAGGACAAUUUGCACAGCCUGAAGACUUCCGGGCUCGGAUUCUUAUUGAACGAGACGUAAUUGGUUCUAGGAAUAAUAAAUUGAAGAUUAAAAACCCGGUGUACCACAAUAGGAGACCGCUCCACAGAUUUGCUGGCGUUCCGUAUAGACGUAAUGUAUACUUAAAUAAACACCAAUACAUAGACAAUGGUUACGAUAAUACGGAUUAUCAUCAUAAUUGCAGACCAUAUGUUGUUUACGUACCUGAAAGAUUCCAAGGGGCACCUGAAUCUGCCUACGUACCAAAAAGACCUGAGGGAUCUGGAGAACAUAAUUUCAUCAAGCAAGAAUCUCCAGACUAUGCAACUAUACAAGAGCUGUCUGAUUCGCUUUUUCCAGCGAAACUUCUUCAGUUUUUACAGUCAAAGGUUUCAUCUCCGGUAGGGACAGAACCCCAAGAAAGCAAACCAAAUGAAAAAGUCAAUCCACAGAUGCUUGAUAUGUUGCAGACAAUGGCACAGAUGAUGAACACGGGAAAAACGACAUUUAAUAACAAAGCCCCGAGUAGCUUGAACUCGAAGCCAGUAGUUGAGGGAAAUGCUGGAAAUAGAUCAUCCGAUGCUUUGCAGCCUUCUGGUAACUUAGAAAAGCAAGCGAAAAACACAACUGAGGGUGAUUCAAGAGAGGGAGUUGUGCCCGUUUGGAAGGAGACGAUGGAUGUCCAAGACAAACCUGAAAGUGGAACGUAUUUGCAGGCAAUGAUUGAUGCUAUAGCAUCUGGGGAAAAAUCAGGAGCUGGCAUGACCCCGGAAAUGGUUUCCAGUCUGCUGGCAGAAGCUAAAGAAGGACAUGAUCCACAACUGAUGGAAAGACUUAAGGCUGCACUUUUAAACAACAAACCGGAUGAUGAGAAAAGUGGUUCGGCCGGAAUCUCAUUAACACCAGCGUCCAUAGGUAGUCCACCACCCACUAAGCCCCCUCUAGGGGGUCCAGCUAAGCCAGCAGUCCCUCCCCCUAAAAGCGAGAGUGAAGCACAUGCUGCACAAGGUUCUCAGUAUGUAACCCCGACAGGCGCAUCCCCUGUUGGUUCUUCCACAAAUGUUUUAUCUUCAACACUCUCAAAUAAAGACAAAGAUUCCACGUACAACCUCGUUGGUGACGGACUGAAACCUCCAGAUAUAGUGAAAGCACCAGUUCCAGGCUCAGCUGCCGGGCCAUCAGCAUCAACACCUGGUGGCAGCGGUCCUGCUGGAUCAACCUCUACGUCACCAACGAUGCCAUCGAAAGACGGCCAGCCUCCUGCGCAGCCACAAAGUAAACCAGGACAGCCCAGUAAUACUGGGUUCCCAGAGUACAAAGUGCCAAUUCCAGAGGCUGCAGCGCCCUUACCCCCGAACUACUUCAAGCCAGCUCCCCCUUCCAAAGGUCCAAAUCCGUAUGAAGUUCUAAUAUCUGAUCAACUGUUUCCGGGAAACUACCCUGGAAAGAAAAAGUCAGAUAAGGGUGAAGGUGGUGAAGAGGUUGAGCUUGAGCUUUUUAAUCAGCUCAAAAAACAAGCAAGGACGAAACCAACUAUCAAUAUGUACAACGUGAAAAAGGUCACAGCAAGUAAGAAACACGAAACCAGCAAACCAUUUAAGGGUGGCAAUCCAAAGGAGAAUGCAGCAUCACGCUCUUUGGUUAUCAGCAAGAGCUCCGCUACUGAAGACAACGACUGGGUGAUAAAUGAAAAAGGCGCUUAUACUGAGAAACCUGAAAUGUAUAAACUCCGCAACUCUUCGAACAAUAUAUCCAUAAAAAGCACAAAUGCAUCUGACGUUUUAAGAGCAACUCUUGAGAGCUACAACGUCCCCACAGUAUCUUCGUUCCACGGACAUUUUUCGAUGGCCAAAGAAGACCCUUCCAAGGGCAUUGAUGAGAUCCAGUCCAGGCAGCGAUUGACGUAUCCAAUAAAUGUACUCAAAUAUGACUGGGGAUUUACCCCAAAGCAGCUUUCAAAGUUCAAAGAAACAAUGGAAAUAAAGAGAAAUGGUUCUAAUAAGGAAAAAGGGAGCAAAGGGAAGAAAAACAAUAACGCGAGAAGCCUUCUACGAGAAGCAGUUAAAAGCAGAACCUUGGAAAAUAGCAGGAAACUCCGUAUUGCGUCUCUGCUUUCGAAUAAGAAAACUUCGACUGGACAAAACAGUUUUAAAAAUGGUAAUUAUAGAAGUAUAAAGACAGACGAAAGCAGUUUCAAAAGUAAGAAAGGAGUGAACUCGUUAGACGAAAGAUUUAUCAAAGCUAUAAAUAAUGAAAAAGGAAAAUUUUAUUCAAGAUUGACAGCCUCUCAGACUAAAGAACAAAAUCGAGGCUCGUUAAAGAAUAGUUUCAUUGUUGAUGAUAACUCGCAUUUGGUUGUCGUUCCUGGAAGUUCUCUGUUGAAGUCAAAAAGCAAAGUUCUCGAGCUGAGUGGGGAGAAACAGACCAAAGUUGCUACCGCGGUUGGAAAUUCAACUAAACGUAAUGUCUUAGACGGUUUUAAAGAGAAAAACAGCCAUUUAGUUAUAAUACCAGCGGUUGAUGCUAAAGAUGAGCUUGAUUCUCAGCUAGAAGGCAACAUGCUUAAUAUGGAGACGAACGAACCGUUUGAGUUGAGUGAGGGGUUAAAUAAAUUUGAAACAGAAGGGCAACGAAGGUGGAAAAUUCCAGAACUGAGAAGUUCCCUUGCAAAUAGCAAUGCUAAUGAGUCAAGAAAUGGUAGCAAGGGUUACACUGGAAGUUUAGUUUGGAGCAAAACCAAAAGCAGAAAAACAGCUGAAGCAUUAACACUUGCAGACGAAAGAAUCGCCUUCGUCAUCGACUCGUCUUCCAACAUAAAAAAUUCUUCAGUCUUCGAGCAAAUAAAGAACUCGCUAGUGUUGUUCACGUCAUUGCAUACGUCGCCGAAGAAACACAAAUUAGGCCUUAUAUCUUACGGCAAAGAGCCCAACCUCGAUUUGAGUUUUCAAGACGAGCAAGACGAAGAAAGCAUACAGGAGGCUAUCAAAGAUAUGAGAUAUUCUGGUACAAAAGCCAAUUUAACAAAGGCAAUUGAAUUCGCUGGAGAAAAAUUGUUUGAUACUGGUUUGGGAAAGAGGCAACACUUGAAAGAAGUUUUAGUGCUGAUAAUCGGAGGGGAUCAUGAAAUAACCGAAAGAGUACGGCUAAUGAUUGGGUAUAUGAAGAUGAGAGGAAUCAAGGUAUUCUGCCUGGGUGUGUCGAAAAAACCAAUGUUUGAUGCUACUCAACAGAAACUUUUAGCUUCAAGCCCAAGUGCUAUCCAUGUUCUGUCACUCACCUACCCAAGUUUGAGUCAAAUGCCUACGAUGCUGGAGCGAAUGCUACAAGGAGAAGUUAAAACGGUGCGAAAUUCACGAAAGCUAGGAGUUGGAAUUUUAACGAAAGAGGAUAGGAAGAAGAAGCUUGAUAAAUUGAAGGAAAAGAAGGAAAAGGAAAAAGAGAAGAAGGAAAAAGAAAGAGAGGAAAAGUUAGCAAAAGAAAAAGAGAAGGAGAAAAAGAGAAAAGAAAAGGAGAAAAAGUUAGCAAAGAAGAAAGAGAAGCAGAAAAAGGAAAAGGAAGAACGCGAAGAGAAAAACAAGGAAAGUUGGACAGCUCAACAAAAAGCCAAAGAGAAGAAAAAUAGGAGAAAGGAGAGAAGGAAGCCAGCAUCUGGCAAUAAAACAGACAAUUUUAAGACUCAACCACAGCAAACUCCAACCCAGGUACCUCAGCCUAAUUGGCCUUGGGGUAUAUCGGUGAAAAAUAAACAGAACCAAAAUAUUGGUCAUAACAGUAGAUCAAGCCUAUUAGAGGACGAGACACAGUAUUUAGAUCAAAUGGAGUCAAAUGACGAUGGAACUAGGGAAAAACGUUUGCGGAUAGCGACUCCCUAUGUUGAAAAUCUGGUAGACACACGUGAUAAUGAAGAACUGUACACAAGCCCUGUGUACGAAGAAGAUUCACAAAUUGUUGACGACACGAGGUAGCAUUUGAAAUAAACCUUUCCUUGAAGACUGCACUAUCUCGUUUUACGAAGCCGUCAAACUUAUGUUGUGCCCAUUGAAAGUACACAUUGCCUUAGUUCGUUGAACAUUGACAUGAAAGGAAGCAAUGCAAGCAGCCGCAAAUGCCGUCAUUUGAUGACAAAAAGACACGGUGUUAUGUUCUAGAACGAAAUAUCCAUGUUGUUUGUUUAAAUAACACGUAUAACUUUCCACCCAUUUUGGUGAGCUGACGUACUUCAAUGUAGCUCUUAGAACGUAUUGAAAAUCUUAAGUGCUAUAACUUAAGGGGGCUUCCAGGCAAAAAUGUCACCAAUGAUUGUGAAUCUUAACCUUGUAAAAAUAGUCAGUGUCUGAAAAAUACACACUGUUUGCAGGCAGAUCAAGCAUUUUAACAUGCGACUUUUCUUUUCCCCCUCUAAUAAAUAAGCCAAAUUUUACUGUAAAAGUUCUCUUGAUUACCGUUUUUAUCCAGAAUUUAUUUUAUCUUUGUUCUUGAAUUGAAAACACAGGCUCGAUUUGUUUAAAGAGCAUUAAUCAAGGCUUUUUAAUUAGAAGUGAACGAUCUAUCAGAUCUUGUAAAUUCCUACAUCUUAGUGUUGACUUAAACUUGAUGUUUUACGUAAUAUCAAGUAACAUGAUAUAAUGAUAUAUUAGAGUAAUAUGACUAAGAUUUCCGUUUUCAUUGAAC